AUGGCGGAGGAGAACAGGGACAGUGUGGGCAAGUGGCUCUCCAGGGGACACAGCUCAUCGUCUGUCUUUACAACCAUCUUGCAAGAAGUUACUGGAAAGAGCUUUCCCCAGAUGAGAAAACCCAGGCUGGAGAAGUUACGACUUGGCAAAUCAGAAAGUGUAGCAGUGCCUGGGAUUGCUCAGCACCAGCAGAGCGCCCUCGGAGUGUGCCCUGGACCCGUCUUUGGGAUCCCUGCUUCCAAGAGCUCACCAGCCCCUGCUGUGGACUCCGUGGGCUACCUAAAUCAGGCCCAGACCUCUGUGAGUGGAGCAGCUGGGACCCUGGUGCGCUCUGGGAAUCAGCUCAAAGAUGGCACCAGACUUCCCCACAGGCUGGCCAGGCCGUGCAGCUCUGGGAACACUGGGCUUCAACAAGAGCGUCUGUCCAUGGACAGUGGUGGGGCCCCGGUUCCUAGCCAGGAUUCAGCCUGCAGUGAAGGAGCAAGAAGUGCCGAGGCCGCACACUCACCAGCACCAGCAGAGGCGAGUGGCAGCCGCUGCCCCAUCAUCCCGUCAGCCUCUUCUAGUCACCACGAAACCUUUACCUCCAGCUUUAGCUUCAUUCAGCUCUCUCUUGGCUCUGUCGGGGAACAUGGAGAGGCGGACGACUGCCUGCCAUCCAGAGAGGUUGAGUCCGCUCAUCGGAACCCUCGGGAUAUGGGAGCUGCGGCUUCCAGCUCAGACAGGCCCCAUGAAGACCCUGGAUGUCUCUCAGGGACUUUCAGCCCCAUAGCUACCCAGGACUUGGCUCAGGAGGCAAGGAGCAGCUUCCGGCUGGAGAGGGACAUGCUUUCUUCCCUGGACCUGGACACUGGCUCCUCUUCUGCCCUGGGCCCCAUGCUGACUGGCUGUCAUGGUGAAAAGGGCAGUGGCUCAGGAGAUGCCCAUGGUUGGGAUGCCCUGCUCAGGAGAUGGGAGCCUGUGCUGUGCGAUUGCCUACAGAGCAGCUCGAGGCAGCUGGAGGUAACAUCCUUAAAGUUGAGGCUUCAGAAACUUCAGAAGAAAGCAAUUGAGGAUGACGAUUAUGACAAAGUCGUUCUGUAUUUGUACCUUCUCCCGGGAGACCUGAGGUCAACAAUCGGAACCCUGUUUUAUAGUGGUCAUCACCAGCAAGAAAUUGGAACACUGCUCCUGGCUAAUCCACAAAAUCUGAGAGGUGUUUUCCCAAGUGAUCACAAUGGUUUUAAAGGUACUUAG